GACAUUUGACAUUGAAAAAAUCACUGCAGGAAACCGCAAAAUGGUGGCGACAGCACUCUAACUACAACAACCAACCGUAGAUUUGUUCCAAAUAUCCAAAUAAAGUUGCUUGUUUCCACAUUACUGAAGUGAUUUUUGGAAGCUAAAUCGUGUGAUUGUUAAUUUGGCUGUUGGUUAAAAUGUUCAAAACAAAAUUGGAAGUGGAUAGACACGUAGAUAACUGUUUGAAAAAGAUAAACAACGAGACUGAGAGAAACUUGCGAUGUUUCUCAUUUGCAAAACUAUACUUCAAUGUUGGUGAUUACGAACAGGCUUGUCGCUAUGUUUCUUCUUACCUAAGCGUGAAACCAAAAUCCGCUGAAGGCCAUCAGUUGCUUGGGAAAUGUUUGGAGAAGCUGGGUAAAAAAGAAGCAGCUCUAGAAGCUUAUAGAAAUAGUUUGCAGAUUGAUUCCAAACAAAAUAACUUGGUCAUAAAGGUUUGUGAACUACUAUCGUCUGAUGACGUGAAUAUGGACCAGUCCGGUGCACGAUAUUUCUGUGACUUGGCUCAGUCAUUCGAUCCUAACAAUCCUGCGGUUUACAGUCUGAAGGAACGUCUCAUAACGACGGACAGUGACAACCCAGUAGAAGUUUCUCAACUGCUCUUGAACGAACUAGAAAUUAGGCCAACAGAUGUCAAUCUCAGAAUCAGGUUGCUCAAACACUUUCUCCAGAACAAUUUGAUAAAGGAAGCUUACAAGCAUGCCUCGGCUAUCGAGGAGAAAAACCUUUCUAUUUUUCACAAUAGCUUGAGCUGGUAUGAAACGUUUGCUGAGGUGCUCGUCAGAUUUCAGCGAGACCUGAAUUUCAGUUCUCAGCUUACGUGGGAAUUUUGGUUUCUCUCCGUUUCUGUACUAGAUCGUCUUGCAGCCUUAAGCCUAGAUGAACAUUCCGAUAAUGUAAAGAGCUCUAUGGAAUACAUAACCACAAUAUUCAACUUUGAUCAGAUGCUUUCCAAGGCUUCACAGAACAUCAGCGGAUGUUCGGACCGUCAACUCGUUUCAGCAUUCUUGAGUCACUACCAUGCGCAGUUGUAUUUUCAUAUUGCUACGCUGAUCUUCAAGCAGGCGAAAAAAGACAUGCUUCAAUUCAAAGAAGCAGCAAAUAUAGCUCUUCCAGUUCUGUUUUCUGCUUAUCAUACUACUCCGCCGGAUUUGCAAAGUAUGUGGUUAGUGCACUCAUCAGAAACUACUAGAAAGCUAGUGCAACAUUGGCAUUCAUCUGCUUGUUUUCGAUGUUCUCAAACAGGUCACAUCCUAUUAGCUACCGCUAAAGAUAGGAAGUCUAUUGUUAUUGAUAAGGCCACUCAGUUUUCUACUGGUAUGUGGCGAGAGCAGAUUUUCAAGAAAUUAUUUGUGCAAAGAGACCAGCACUUGAAAAUGAUGACUAGCUAUUUCGUUUCCGGUUCCCAGCCUCUAGAACCAGUCAUUAGAUUACCAGAUGCUACAGAUUUACUCAAAUAUGAUGAAGUAGCACAACUGGUGUACCCAGAUUCUUUGCAUCAUUACAUCUGGAUUGGUCUCAACAACACUCUUUCAGACUUGAACAUACAAUCUUUUGAAGGUUUGCAGUACUCAAUAAAAAAUCUGAACAAUUGUGCUGCAGAAGCAUUGAGCCUCUUGGAUGUACAAGCUUUCAUAUACUGUGCUACUCUUUGCAGUAAGUCCAAGACGGAAGAUAACAGACACUUGAUUUACUACAUCCAGGACAAACCGUCUGUAUUACCAGCAUCUAUAACUGAAAAUUUGGGCACCCUCAACCAGUCGAAAUUCAUAACGGCCGCCUACAAGAUGUACAAAAACGAGCAUGGCUCCAACAUGGGUGACUUGAGGUUGCUCCUGAUCAAAGGCAUCGAAGUUAUCAGGUGUGUUGGUCAUCAUGGUCUAGACGUCAAGCUCUUAGUCAACUUGGCUAAUAUCUUCGAGGAACGUGCGAAGAAUCUAACCAAACAGUCUGAAAUCGAUUUCAAUACGGCCAGAGCCGAGCUUUAUUGGAAAACGGCGUUGCCCCUACUCGAAAAAAUCAAGAACAACCAAAUGAUCACUUACUCGAGUAACAGGCUGUUCGAGUAUAAAAGCAAAGAGAUCACGAUACCAGAAGCUAGUGCUUUCAUUGAGAAAGGCAAACUCUUUACGGCCACACAGUUCAUGAAGAAGAAGGAGUACGAGAAGGCGUUGCACAUGUUUGAGCAGCUCAAAGACCCAUACGCCAGUUUCUACCAAUCUCAGAUCUACAAGCACAUGGCCGACCAGAAGACUAAUCAGAACAAAGAGAAUGUUACGUCGGAGAUGAGAAGCCAGAAUAUAAUUUUGUUGUCCAGAGCGAGGGAUUGUCUUUACUUGACGCUCGACAGGCUCAGGGACCCUUCGAUGGACAGGAGCCACCCUUUGAAUGCGCAGCUGGGCAGCGAGAUCGAGAAGAUGGAGCGACUUCUCUCGAGGAUUGACCCCGACUGCAACAAUCGAAACGAGUGUGACGGCAUGUCUGACGAUAACCGUUCUUCUGAGAACAGUGUUGGGGAACAGUAUUUGUCGACGUACAUGAAUCAAAGCAGUUUUCAUAACGGGCAUCAGUCCAAACUGGAUGCCCAUCACAACCAUUCUACUCCACUCAGAUUAGGCGUCGCCCGUCAGGAGGCGAGACCGAGCCCGGAACGGCUGGACGCUCAAAUCCGGCAGAUGGCUGCCUCCAGAGAUGCCGCUCUUUCCGGCAUCUUUGAACAGAACAAGAUCAUAGCCGAGUCGCAUCGAGGCUUGCUCGACGAACUGCGCAGUUUCAAGGAUGCUGUCAAUAACCUCACUUCCACCGUUGACGACCUCAAGUCCAUGAAGAGGGGCUUUGAGGAAAUCAAAGACAUCAAGAAGUCCGUGGACGAGUUGAAGCAUUCCGUGGACGAUUUGCAGAAUGUAGUGGACGUCGUACAGGAACUGAAAAAGGAACUGGCCGAACUGAAGAAAGACCAAUCGAAGCCCAACCAGCUCAGCGACGAGGACCUCUACGUGCUCGAUCCCGACUACGGCGUCGACUACAAUCUCGGCGCCAACGUGGGCGGAUACGGGGCGGGUGUGCCCAACCUCUAUCCCAGCUACCCGCAUCCGAGGCUGCCGACCGCGAAUCCGAUGGCGGCCUACGGGCAGGCGGGCCUCUAUCCCGGGUUCUAUCCAGGGUUGGCGUACGCGUACAACGCGCUCGGACUGCCCCAACCAGGAACACUCCCGUUUGCAGCAGAUCCCCAAAUCCCACCGAUAGCACCGCCGAUCGCUACCAGCUAUUCAUUACCAGCUUUCGGCCAAUCGCCUCUUGCCCAAACUCACUCUACCAAUGUGGGAAUGGGAGUCAACAUGUUGACGGGUCAGUCUCUGUCCUCCCAAACCCCCCUGACAGCACCAUCGUCCUCGGUCAUACCAAGACCGACUUCCAGCGCCAGGAUCACCAGCCAGAUCGACUUUCCCCCUACAGCUGUUUGUUCUUCUGCCGGCGCCCGUCAACGUCGUAUCCGUUUCUUCUUCCGCCGCUCCCGUUUCUUCCGCCGCCGCCGCUGUCGUCGUCAGCAGGCCGGCGCCCGUCAACGUCGUCAUCACGUCCUCGGACCCGCUGCCGAGCAUGAAAACGCCCGCCGCGGCCCAGCCGGUGCUGUCAGUCACCAUUCCGCCGCAGCAUAUCAGAGGAGGCGUCGCCAAGGGGGCGGCGACGAGUGCGAACGCCGGGUCGCCUGCUGUUUCGACUGCUGCAAAACCUCAAACUCCGACAUUCAACCCAUUCAACUCUAAAUUCCCACCGAUUCUCUCGAACCUCUCUCUCACCGAACCGAAGAACGUCAGCCUUGGAGAGCAGAUAGAGAAGACCCUAGAGAAAACCUUCAACACUUCCAAGGUCUCCAAUGUUUCCGCAGAUGUCUCUAAGGAAUCUGUCGAAGAAUACGAUCCGUGCCCUGAUUUCAAACCGAUUAUAGCGUUGCCAGAUGAAGUGCCAGUCACUACAGGAGAAGAAAAUGAGACGGUGCUAUUUUGCGAACGCGCCAAAUUGUACAGACACGCCAUCACCAACGGCGUGAAGGAGUGGAAGGAGCGCGGCGUCGGCAGCCUGAAGAUCCUCCACAAUCCCGAAACGGGUAAGGUGAGGGUGCUGAUGCGGCGCGACCAGAUCCACAAGAUAUGCGCCAACCACUUCAUCUCUAAGGAUAUGUCGGUGUCGCCGAUGGCGAAGCACGACAGGGCGUACAUUUGGGUGGCGCCCGAUUUCGCAGACGGAGAGAUGGUGACCGAAACGUUCUGCGUACGUUUCAAAACAGCCGUGGAGGCCGGCGAGUUCCACAGGGCGUUCGAGGACGCCAAAAAGCUGAUCGGCUCGACCGAAAAGCCCGAGAAGGCCGCCGCCAAAGAGGCACCGAAAAGCGUGCCCAAGGUCGAAACACCAAAAAUCACGCCCAAGAUCGAAGCACCAAAAAGCGCGUCCAAAAUCGAAGCUCCAAAACCCUCGUCCAAGGUCCACACGCCCAAUGUGGAGACUCCUAAGGCCGGGUCAACGCUGGGCGGUUUCGUGUUCACCAGCACGCCAACAUUCAAACCGACGGAGGUUCCUAAAGAAACGCCCGCUAAAGUUGUCGAGGUCCAGGAGGUGCCUAAGAGCAGUCCGUUUUCAAGCUUCACUUUUGCCGGUGCCGCUCAAGGUUCGCUAUUCAAGCCGACCGAACCGGCCACCUUCUCGCCGCUCGUCGUCCCACAACAACAACAACAAUCGAAACCUGCCAAAACCGACGCCGAUGAGGACGACGACGCCUCGCACGCCGAGGAGUUCGUGCCCACCGCGGAGUUCCGGCCGGUGGUGGCCAUGCCGGAUCUGGUGGAGGUGCGCACUGGCGAGGAGAACUCGGAGGUGUUGUUCGAGGGCAGAGCGAAGCUGUUCCGGUACGACACUGCGGGCGGGGCAAAGGAGUGGAAGGAGCGCGGAGUGGGGGUCAUGAAGGUACUCAAAGACGACACGAUUCGUCUCCUGAUGAGACGAGACCAAGUGCACAAGGUGUGCUGCAACCACGCCGUCAUCAAGAACAUGUCGUUCAAGAUCAACGCGACCAAUCCGAAGGCCGUCUUCUGGCACGCCCAGGACUUCUCCGAGGGCGUCCUCACCCCCGAAACGUUCACCAUUCGGUUCAAGACGGAGGAGCAGGCCAGCCAAUUCCUGCAGACGUUGCAAACGGCGCAGACUUCCUUGGACGAGAACAAUAAGGUGAGCAGCAAGCACCAUAAGGCCGAAACGAGACCGAGGACGACCAGCUUCGGGGAUAAGUUCAAGCCGGCCAAGGGUAGCUGGGAAUGCAAGAAUUGCUACAUAGUGAACGAAGGUAAGACCAACCAGUGCGUGGCUUGCGACACCCCUAAAAGCGGCACUUCGGGAAACAAAACGGGAGAAUCGGGACCCGGAUUUUCGUUCGGGAUGAAGACCCCGGAAGCGAAACCACCGAGUGCAGGGUUCCUUUUCGGACAAAAACCCGCCACGAAUUCCUGGGGGAACGCCUUCAAGCCAGCAGAAGGCAGCUGGGAGUGCAAAGAAUGCUACACCAGGAACGCUGCCGACAAGAACAAGUGCAUUUCCUGCGAGGCACCCAAAGAAGGUACUGCUGAAGUCUCGGAAAAGCCCACGCUCAAAGGCAUCAACCUGGACACGCCGGGGCUGAAAUUCACUUUCGGCAUGCCUGCAGUCGAUUCUCAGUCUGUCAAAAGCGACGCGCCGGAAUCUAAGCCGGUGGCAGUGGCGAAGAAAGAAACAAGUAAAGGCAUUAAUUUGAGCACGCCAGGUCAAACGUUCACCUUCGGUGUCCCGUCGUCCGCCGCUGCGGCCCCGGUCGCUUUCGGCACGUUCAAUUUCAAGGCGGCAGUCGUGCCGCCACAGGAGCAGCAGCAGCAGUCGCCGGACGACUCGAGCAAGUUCGUGUUCGGGUCGCCGCAAAAGCACGACUUCGAGUUCAAGGCCAGGUCCCCGAGGAGGAUCAGCUCCGGACAGGGCGACGAAGAAUCAGAUGGCAGCUACGUCGAGGAAGAAGAGGACAACAUAUAUUUCAAACCAGUUAUUCCUUUGCCUGAUAAGGUGGACAUCAAAACUGGAGAAGAAGAAGAAAUCGUGUUGUAUUGUCACAGAGCGAAACUUUUCAGAUUUGUCGGUGGCGAAUGGAAAGAAAGAGGUUUGGGAGAUAUCAAGAUAUUGAAGAGGAAAGAUAAUGGAAAAUUGAGGGUGGUAAUGCGUCGUGAGCAAGUCUUCAAGAUAUGCCUGAACCACAUACUCACCAGCGCCAUCGAGUACAUCCCGAAAGACGACAAGUCCUGGAUGUUCCAUACGGCCGAUUAUUCCGAAGGCGAGAUCGUCCACACGCAGUUCUGCGUCAAGUUCAAGACUCCCGAGAUAGCGCAGGAAUUCAAGAAAGCCGUCACCGGUGCCUUGGAAGGUUUUGCCAGCGGGGACCAAGCUCAAAUAACUGCUUCUGCUAAACAAGAGAGCGACGAUGAGGUGGAACUAGUGUCAGAGACAACAGUCACCCCCGAAGAAGAAAAAGAAGCUCUCCGACUCGGCCUCCCCCCGAAAUUCUUCUCCUACAAACAACUUCCCGACUGUCAAUGUGAGCAAUGCAAAAAAGAUGACGAAUACCUGAAAGAGCUCUUCCUAGGCGACAAAAAAACGUCGGUAGCUUCUAUGCCCGACUUUUCGCUGAACAAAUCCGUCACUACCAAUUGGGGAACGCCCAAGACCAAUCUCACCCCUUCCACUGGCGAUUCCGUGUUCGGAACACCCAAAAGCAACUUGUUCACCUUCACGCCCCAAAGCCAGAAUGCGGAUUCCGCGCCGGUCACCGGAAAAUCCGAAUCCCUCCGUGAUUUGCUCACCAAGCCGUCCCUAGCCGCAUCUUUGAACAACACCUUGUCCAAGCCAGAAGCUCCCAAAGAAUCGCCAAUGGCUUCGUUCUCUUUUACCAACACGUUCGCUCAAUCUUCGCCCAGCACGGUUCCGAAAAUAGCUGCAACUACCAGCUCUAGCUUAUUCGGUGGCAACACUGGCGGACUCUUCAGCAAUACCAGCUUGUUCAGCAGCCCGUCUUUUGGAGCUGGCAACUCUAGCAGCGUCAACAUCUUUGGCGGAGCUGUCACUAUCACUCCCAUAUCCACCAGUAAGAGUGGCAGUACUAGCACCGCUUCUAGUGACACCCCCACUAGCACAACUGGUACUGUUUUCGGUGGAACGAGCAGCGUUUUUGGUGCUAAAGCUGUUGUGGGAACAACUAGUACCACUUCUAUUUUCGGAAAUAACACGAGCCUGUUCGACUCUACGAAAACUCCGGGCAGCGUAACCACCUCUAGUACCCCUCUUUUCGGUAGCACGACUACUCCGAGUAUCUUCGGCUCGACGAAUAAAUCGAUUUUCGGUAGUACCGGUACGACUACGGCGAACGUGUUCGGAGGUGGUGCCGUUACUACUACCGCCGGUCUGUUUGGUCAAAAUUCCGGGAUGGUGUUUGGCGGUGGUAGUAUUUUUUCGAAGCCUGCCGCGACUUCGGUGUUCGGAGCGAGCAGUUUGGGUGGAUCGGGCUCCAAACCGGAAGUCGAUGCGAAUAAGAGUACGACGGAGUUGAAGGAGGACGACGAGGUGGUGCUGAAGUGCGAUACAGGGCUGUCGUUCGCUUCCCUGGCGGCGAAUACUUCUGGAGAUGCGCAACCUGCAUUCAGCAAAACAGGAGACUUCUCGUUCCUCGGUGCAGGCGCGCCCGUUUUCGGCUCCGCCUCCAAAUCCUCGACGAAAAAGAAGACGGCCGACCAGCCCCGCCCAGAAUCGGACGACGAGGCUGAAGCGGCCGGCGACGGCGACGAGUACGACCCGCACUACGAGCCGAUCGUGCCGCUGCCGGCGGCCAUCGUCGUCACUACCGGCGAGGAGGACGAGACAGCGGUGUUCAACGAGCGCGCCAAGCUGUUCCGGUUCGAUGCGGACACCAAGGCGUGGAAGGAGCGGGGCGUGGGCCAGAUCAAGAUAUUGCAUCAUCCGCAGAACGAUACCUACAGGCUGUUGAUGCGUCGCGAACAAGUCCACAAAGUCGUCCUCAACCAGUUGAUCGUUCCCACCUUGGAAAUUCAACCGAUGCUGACGUCAGAAAAGGCUUGGAUGUGGGUGGGCUACAAUUACACGGACGACGACAACUGUCUGGAGAACCUCGCAGUGCGUUUCAAGACUAUGGAAGUGGCACAACAGUUCCACAAAGUUAUCACAGAAGUUAUACAAAGGGUGACAGAAAUUCAGAAUAACAGCAAAUCUUUACCAACCUCCGUGCAAAAUUAUGGAGUUGAAGACGUCAGUAGCGACGAUCCCAACACGUUGACUACCGCAGAAGAAUACGAAGACUAUGAGGACGAAGAAGAAGAAGAAGACGAUGAUGAUGAUAGAUCUGUGAUGUUUAUGAAACGAUGCACGUUGAGUGAGUUGGACAACGGUACGUGGAAGCAAGUGACAAUGGGCGAUCUUCAAGUUUACUAUGAUCAAGAAUUGUAUGCCGCUAGGAUAGCGGUGAACGAUGACAGUGGAAAUGUAUUGAGUAACACCUUGAUUGGCAUCAACACAACAAUGGAUAUUGACAAAAAGGAGUGCACUUGGAAAGCAGUAGAAUGGGCGUACGGCAGCCUGUACUGGAGGACCCUCAAAGCGUCCUUCAGCAGCGAGAACGCCGCCCAAGAGUUUCACAGCAACUACUUGGAGGGGCUGAACUACGCCCAGCAAGUAGGCAUCGUCGACGAGAUACCUCAAGAACACAAUCCAGAGACUGACGAGUAGAAAGUAGGCACCCAAAGAGAAGGAAAAGAUAUUUGAUUUUUUUCAGAUGCAGAAUGUAGGGACUGUUACAUUAUGUUGUAUUUUGUAGUUUUUUAGGAUUAUAAUAUUUUUUUAAAUCUAAAAUCAAAUGUGUUGAAAUUUUGAAUUGUUUUUACUUCUUAUAGUACAGUAUAUUUUACUUGAAAAUUC